CGUUUAAGGGUUGACGCUUAUGCUUGAAGCUCAUACAGGGUCUUUGCAUUCGUGUGUAUAAAUAGUGACAUUGAAUCCAAGAACAACUACAUCCAUAAUAGUUCAGUGUAUCCUUUCCCUUGUGUAAGUAUAUAUCAAUAAUGGAGCAGAAACUUGGUAAGACAAACAUAUUUAUGUUCUCUUUAUUUCUUAGAAUUCUGACGUGGAAUGUUAGAAUAAAGGGUUUGUUGUCUUUUUUGAUUUACCUCAAGUUUGUGUUUAGUUUUGUCUCUCAAAAACUGAAGGCUUGGACCAUAACUAGAGUGAACUCAAAUUGUGAACCUAUGAAGCAGAGUUUAGGUGCAAGAGUGUGCAAAGAAGACGUGGUUUUGGUGAUGGAGAAGCUAGGAAUUGAUGUGGAAUGUGAUGGCGAUGGGGUAGAGGAGUUUGGUGAGGAAGAAAUUGUGGAGUUGUUUGAUGAUGAGGAUGUUACCAUGUCAGAGGUGGAGGAAGCAUUUCAAGUGUUUGACCAAAACAAAGAUGGGUUUAUAGAGGCAAGAGAGUUGCAAAUGGUGUUGUCUUGUUUGGGGUUAGGGAAAGAUUUGAUGGAAUGUCAGAAAAUGAUUAAUGCUGUUGAUCAAAAUGGUGAUCAACUAAUUGAUCUCAAUGAGUUUGUUAGGAUUAUGGAACACUGCUUUUCAUGAAACUUUUUUUUUUUUUUUUUUUUUUUUACCUUGAAAGACGUUUAGGUGCAAGUAUUUAUUGGGUCCAAAUUUGUUGCAUUUAAUUACUUAGCUAGGUAUCUU